CUUACCUUGUGGCUGAGUUGGGAACAUAAAGCCGAUUAGUGUUUCUGCUGAACUGCCGCCGCAAACAAACAAACCGCGCUGAGUUCAGCCAGGACCUGUUUCCAUGAAAAGCCCAAAAGCAGCGUUUGAUCUGCCGGAUGUUAACGGUCACAACUUGGACCGGACUUUUCCCCGCGAGAUGAGGCAGCGGUGAGGGCAGACGGACACAUUCCGGUGGAUUACUGACACCCGUCCAUCUCCGUCCGUAGCCAGAGUGCACCCGGAGGCCGGCCAUGCCCCAGGACAGAGUCUGACUGUCAUGAAAGAGACCGCCGUGUCGCUGGUCUCUUGCUCCUCCGCUCCCAACUCCCCCCCACCUGACUGAAAGAUGGUACAGCCCGUCCCCUGACUUACAGACAGGAUGAUGGCCUCAGUGGUCGCUGGGGACAACCGGAAGAAGUCAUUGACGCUGAGAGGGGUGGACCCCGAGACCUGCAUGAUCGUCUUCAAAAACCACUGGGCACAGGUCGUAAAGAUUCUGGAAAAACAUGAAGCGAGCCGGUCCAGUAGUGGCGCGCUCAGCUUCCUGUCUGCUGGCAGCACCGGAGCGCUCCGUCUGGGGCCGAUUCCGCCGGAUGAGGCCAGCGCCGUCCAGAACUACGUCGAACACAUGCUCUUCCUGUUGAUGGAGGAAGAGGCGGGACAAGGCGGGGCGAUGGGUCCCAUCCUGGAGUUCGUGGUCGUGGAGGGCGUGAUGGAGCGUCUGUUCCUCUGGAGUUUGAGGAGGCAGUUCACGGAGGACAUGAAGCUAGAGCAGCUUCGCAUGUACCAGAUGUUGCUGUCUCAGGCCCGCCAGCCGCUCCUCCACCACAAGCCAGUCCUCCGCCCGCUCAUGACGCUGCUUGCCUCCUGCGCCGGCGCCGCAGCAGAUGGAGGCCUGGUGGAAACGGAGCUGGUCUUGUUGUUGAACCAGUUGUGUGAUGCUCUGGUCAGAGACUCUUCAGUACUGGAACUUUUCUUCCACACCAGUCAGGACCAGGGAGCUGCUAACUUCCUACUCUUCUCCCUGCUCAUCCCCUACACACACAGACAGGGUGUGGUCGGCCAGCAGGCCAGAGAUGCUCUACUCCUCAUCAUGUCUCUGUCGGCCUCUGAGCCCAGAGUGGCCCAGCACAUAGCAGAGAACACCUAUUUCUGUCCUGUUUUAGCUACAGGUCUGUCCGGUCUGUAUUCGUCUCUUCCUGCUAAACUUCAGGUGUACAGUGAAGACUGGCACUGUCUGGAACAGGCUGACUGGCAGCAGGUUCCAGCUCUGGUCCACUUCCUUCACUCUCUGGACUUCUGCGGUACUGUUAUCAAGGUGGCUCAUCCGUCAAUCAGGUCCCAGUUGCUGGAUUACAUCUAUAAUGGGUUCCUGGUGCCAGUGUUGGCCCCUGCCCUGCACAAACUGACAGUGGAGGAGGUGAUGACCACUACAGCCUACCUGGAUCUUUUCCUUCGCUCCGUCUCUGAGCCGGCUCUCCUACACACCUUCCUCUCCUUCAUCCUGCUGCACAACCACGACAACGUGCACAUCCUGGACACACUGGUCAGCAGAAUCAACACACCCUUCCAGCUGGGCACGGUGUCGCUCGCCCUGUUCCGCACUCUGAUUGGUUUGUUCUGUGAGGAUGUCAUGCUGCAGCUGGUGUUCAGGUAUCUGAUUCCCUGCACACAUCUGAAUGUGAAGGAGCGAGCAUCGCUGAUGCAGAGAGACUGUUACUCCUCCAGCGCCUCCUCAUUCCUGCUCCUCACCCCUUCCUGGUGCCCCCUCCACCCCCCAUAUACCCCCCCCACCCCGGCACACACAGAGCACAUCCACUGGCCCAAAGGAGCAGAAGCAGACAGUGUGGGUUAUUGUCGUGGAUCAGAUUUUCUAAUGGAUGUGAAUUACACUCACUAUCUCUGCGACGCUCGCAUCGCCAUCUCCAUCUCUUACAGCGCAUGCCGACUCUGGUCCGCUCCGUAUGAUGGGAUCAACCCAUCUCCGUGGGAACACCACUCACAAACACCCAGCAACAGAAUGGAGGACGAGGUGGGCGGGGAUGGAGAGUGCGAGCAAGCACCUGUGAGAGUGAAGAGGGACUCCUCCCCUGCCGCCCUCUCCCCCACUCCCUCUUCCUCCUGUGACACCGUCUCCAUGGGCAACCAGGCUGGGCGCGCCGGCUCCACCCUGGAGCUGGAGUGGGACGACAUGUUCACAGAGGAGGAUGACGACCGGCCGCAGACUCCCCCCGCCCCCCCCGUCCCUCCCCGACACAUCCAGGACCUGAGGAGGAGCGCUAUCUCGCUGGUCCGCGGUGCCUAUGUGGAAGAGUCUGACUUCCAGGACGAUGUCCUGGUGUACGACCUCGUUGCCCAGAGAGAUGCCAAGGCAGCCAUGUUGGACCGGGUGGUGCUGAGUCGGAGGAUGGGUGUCAGAGUAUGGAACGGCUCGAUGGCAGGAAGAGCGGGCAGUAGUAAGGUGAGCGAGACCGUCAACAGCAUCAUGUCGGCGAGGAGGAGGAGUGAGGAUGGAGGCGGGGGGGACAGGAGGAGGAGUGAUUCCCUCACCAACGGUUUCAGCAUUCACAACGCUGUCGGCGAAAAAGACGAUGAUGAUGAUGAUAGCGAGAGGAAGGGAACGUUAAAUGUGGACCAGAAGCCAAUCAGGCAGAAAUGCAGUUUGACUGACACUGUCAUGACGACAAAGCACCAUCACACACAAAACAAACAGUGCUCAGAGACAAACUCUUUACCCAACGGUCACUCAGACCACCAGUCAUGUGAUCUGCUGGUUUCCCUGACAACCAAGGCAACGGGUGGUGACGAUUUCCUGUCCCAGUACCGGGAGCUCAUGCUGUCCUUAGGGGCAGAGCCGGACUGUUAUGACAUCACAGAUGACAUCGGUACGUUCAGGAAGCGAGUGGGUGCCCUGAGGGAGAGGCAGGAAGAAGAGGGGCUCAUGGAAGAAGUGGAUUUGAAGUGUGCGUGGGAGGAGAGGGAGGAGGAGGAGGAGGGAGAAGGAGAGGAGGAGAGAGAUGGCAGACAUGGCAUUUCCUUUACAGGUCCGUUCAUCAGUGUUCUGUUGUCUCGUCUGGAGAAUCUUCUGGAGAACUCCAUCGCUGUCAAUCUCCUGGUGACAGGCAUCCUGACCCAGCUGGCGUCAUACCCGCAACCUCUGCUAAGAUCCUUCCUGCUCAACACACACACACACUGCCGACCCAAUGCACGCACCCUUUACCAGGUGCUUGUGUCGGUGCGUGCUCAGAUAGAGAGGUAUAUGUCAGACAGACCAGACUACGCUGCUUUGGUCACACAGGCCUGGAGGUUCCUACUGGCCAAAGAUCAGGACAACAAGGUCAAAGAGUCUCUCCAGUCGUCGCAGGGUGGUGACAUCAUGGCGGCGGAGGGAGCGCUGGCCGGGGCCCUGCCCCCCUGCCCCCCCGUCCCACCGCAGGCCCGGAGCCGUGUGUUUGGUAUUGUUCUCUACGCAGAGUUCCUGAAGGAGCUAGCUGCCCUGGCGCAGGAGCACAGCAUCGCCCAUGAUGGCAGCGAGGAGUCUCAUGGUGACGGAGGUCAUGUGAUGAGGAGGUCGCCAGUUCAGUUUUCCUCCGGUCCAAACUAAACGAUACCUGGUCAGGGCAACAGGUCAGAUUACUGUUGAGAAAGGCACCCGAGGCUGUUGCUGUUUAGUAUAUGCCAGUAUACACAAGUAGACACCAGCAUACACCAGUAGACACCAGCAUACACCAGUAGACACCAGCAUACAUGAGUAGACACCAGCAUACACCAUCAUACACCAGUAUACACGAGUAGACACCAUCAUACACCAGUAUACACGAGUAAACACCAGCAUACAUCAGUAGAUACCAGCAUACACUAAAUAUACACCAGUAUACACGAGUAAACACCAGCAUACAUCAGUAGACACCAGCGUACACCAGUAUACACCAUCAUACACCAGUAUACACGAGUAAACACCAGCAUACAUCAGUAGACACCAGCAUACACUAGUAUACACCAUCAUACACCAGUAUACACAAGUAAACACCAGUAUACACAAGUAAACACCAGUAUACACCAGUAU